GGCCCCAGAGACAUCAGAACUCGCGAGUCUUCAAAAAUGACAAGUAUGACACAAGCGCCCAGCGCAAGCUGUAAUGGCAGAUCCUGGGGGAAAGACUGGGUUUAAGAAUGUCCUUCAUGCGAGACAAAUGUCUAAGGCUACCAUACAUAAUGCCUUUGAUGCAUUGAAAAUCAAUGCAAAGCUUCAUGAUGGAGUGUGUCAGCACUGUAAGGAGGUCUUGGAGUGGCGUGUAAAAUUCAGCAAAUACAAACCACUAUCAAAACCGAAGAAAUGUGUGAAGUGCCUCCAAAAGACUGUAAAGGAUUCUUACCAUAUUAUUUGUAGAUCUUGUGCUUGUGAAUUAGAAGUCUGUGCUAAAUGUGGAAAGAAAGAAGAAAUUGUAGUUCCGAACAGUAAAGGACCAGAGAAGAUGGAGAAUGAGACUACUGGAAAUUGCCAAAGAAGGAUCAGUAGAAGAGAAGAGUCAGAGGAAAGUGAUGAACUGGAUUUUGACAUUGACUUAGAUGGCAUGGAUGAGAAGAAUCCUGACAUGCUUGAGGAACAUUUUAAAAAUAUGAAGUUUGAAAGGACAGAAGUCUGAAACUGUUCCUGUAGAAUCUUAUAUGAAAGGCUAAAGUUCUAGUCAGGAGACUGUACAACUGAAGAAAAAAGUCAAAGUGAUACUUACCUAGUAUUUCCACUAGGACAGUUCAGUCUGACAUUUGAGUGCUUAACACACUGCUAAUAUAAAUGGAACAUUUAUAUUAGAAUUGUCUCUCAAAAAGCUUUAUGCAAGAGAGGGAUUCCACAAUAAAAAAAAUGUAUGUCAAUUUCUGGUAUACAGGGAGUUAUGGAGCCUUUCCACUUCCAGGUCAUUGGUUUUAAAAAUCAUCCUGAUUGGAAGUGUCUGAAACUCACUGUCAUGUGGUGACUAUUCUGUUUGUGCAAAGUGAGUUACAGGCCAAAGUAUAAUGGACAAAUGGCCGUAUCACAGGAAGGAAAGUUAAACUGUCAAAAAUAGUGCUAAUGAACGAUUCUAGAGACUAAGCUACUUUCUUAGUCAUGCUAAUAUGCUCCAGAACAGGGUUCUGCAGAGUACUGCCACUACCCCCACGCUUGCUGCUCAUCUCUUGUGUGUAAAUAGAGGAUCUGAAUGCUGUUAUGGUACCUCUCAUAAGCAACAGUACUUCAAUUGAAGUCAUGUCAUUAACAUUUUAAAUGUUAAUGACAUGAUUAAGAUUCCCAGUGUGGAAAGACCACAAGCCUACUAUUUUUGGUUAGUAUAUAGUUUGUUUCACACAGCUGAUCUUUCCUUUGUGAGCUGUAUUUCUAAUUCAGUUUGCCUUAUGAUAUGAGAAAUAAAUAGUGUCCUCUAGUGAC